CUCCCCACACGAAAUUCUGCGCCGCAACCAAGCUUUGCUAUCUUUCACAGCUUAAAAUAAACAACUACCACCUAACAAAAUCACCUCACCUUUUCCUCAGCGGCCUCGCGGCCUAGGCCGUUCCUCUAGACGCAGCAACUAAGCUCGAAACUCAUCCAAACCCGUCUCCAUCCUAAGAAGCCCCAGGAAUAAAUAAAGCCCUACGAAAAAUGCCACCCACAACUCUCCUCUGGCGGCAGCACCUGCGCCUCUUCGCAUCCGCAACACGCCCACACCCACGAACCUCCAAGACAACCACAUUUCUACCCCUCCUCCCCCGCCCCCGCGCCCCGCGAUCGCAUCGUUUCCAAUCCACCAAACCGCCUCCCCCUCCCCCCUCCCCCUCAGCCCGCAAAACCCAACGUCUCCACACGAUCCUCGACCGCGCCGCUCGCUUCGUCCCUAAACGACUACACCCGUACCUCCACCGCCUGCGCACCGCGCCCUUCAGCCACGUGGCCGCGUUUCUCGUGCUGCACGAGAUAACGGCUAUCCUCCCGCUCUUCGGGCUCGUGUAUGUGUUCCACAGCGCGGACUGGGUGCCCACGGCGUGGGUUUUGGGUCCGUGGGCGGCGUCGGCGGAGGAGGGGUUGCGGAGGUGGAUGAGGUAUUUUCGGAAAAAGGGGUGGUUUGGGCUCGGUGAGGAGGAUGGGGAGGUGGAUGGGGAGGAGAUGUUGAGGGAGGAGGUUGAGCGGGAGAGGGAGAGAGGGAAGGAGGGGAGGGGUGGAGGAUGGUUAGAUAGGUGGAGGAAAUGGGGGGAUGGUGAUGAUGAUAUACCCGGGGAUGGGAACAAGGAGCUUGGGGUUGGUUCUGGAGAGAGUAAGACUAAAACGGCGUGGCGGAAGGUGAAGAGCGUCGUUACGACGGAUAAUACGGAGAAGGGGUAUAAAAUAGGCGUUCAAAUCGCUGCUGCCUACGCAAUUACGAAAAUGCUGCUUAUACCUAGGCUAGCACUGAGUCUAUGGGCGACGCCUUGGCUAGCAAGGGGAUUUGUAGCCGCAAGACGCUCGGUGUGGAGGAAACGCAGUUAAUCAACCACACUUAUACACUCCUGGAUAUACCCGAAGAAUAUCA